GUAUCUUUUGUUACGGUUAUAUGUGCUGAAUUAGCGGUUUCCUUCAAAAGACUACAUUAGUUAUUGACGACUUUAUCAACCUCCUUGGGCAAUUCUGGAUUAGGAAUUUUACAAUCCUACAUCAACAUGAACCAGAUGGUAGAAAGCAAAGAGGCUCUGGAGGUCGUGGACGUCCCUUCAGUACCGAAGACCAAAGUAUACGGGGUGCGAUGGGUGGUUUUGGCCAUUUUUGUGAUGUACUCGGCUUGCAACUCCAGCCACUGGAUUCAGCUCUCCAUCAUUACGGACGUCAUAGUCAAGUACUAUGGUAUCUCGACCACAUGGGUUGACUGGACCUCUAUGAUCUUCAUGGUUCUAUAUGUACCUUUCGUCUUUCCUGCUAGCUAUCUCUUGGAAAAGUUGGGUUUACGAAAAGCUGUGAUAAUAGGCAUAGUAGGCACAUGCGCAGGAGCAUGGGUCAAAGUGGGAUCUGUCAGUCCGGACCGCUUCUGGCUGGCGUUCGUCGGUCAAACCAUGAUAGCCUUCUCUCAAAUUUUCAUUCUGUCUGUUCCUGCACGGGUGGCGGCCGUUUGGUUCGGUCCCACGCAAGUGUCUUCAGCGUGUAGCAUUGGAGUAUUCGGUAAUCAGCUCGGAAUCGCUAUAGGGUUUCUAGUACCCCCAAUCAUUGUCAGAGCCGAUAGUACAAUAGAGAAAACUUCGACGCAGUUUUAUGUGUUACAUAUAUCCAGUGCUGUUGUGGCGACAAUAAUUCUGGUCCUCAUUUUAUUGUUUUUCGAAAACGCCCCGCCCACUCCCCCCUCUCAUGCUGCAGCUCAGCAAAUCGCUUCUGGGGAUACCGUCGAUUUUUCAGUUUCUUUGAAAAAUUUAAUUCAGAAUAGAUCUUAUGUAUUGCUUCUGAUUGCGUAUGGUAUCAUCACAGGAGUUUUUUAUGCAAUUUCGACACUUCUGAAUCAGAUCAUCCUAUAUUACCAUCCGGGUGCCAACGAAGACGCUGGACGUAUAGGGUUAGCCAUUAUUUUGGCAGGAAUGCUGGGGUCAGUCUGCUGUGGUGUCGUUUUAGACAAAUACCGUAAAUUCAAAGAAACGAUUUUGGUUGUAUAUGCGUUUUCGUUGGUAGGCAUGGCCACCUAUACGUUUACCCUAUCAAGCCCUAUUCCUGUUGUCUACGUAAUUUCCUGUUUAUUGGGAUUUUUCAUGACAGGACUGCUCCCCGUCGGUUUCGAACUGGCAGCCGAGCUGACCUACCCAGAACCCGAAGGCACUUCUGCAGGUCUGCUCAACGCGGCUGCUAACGUCUUUGGCAUCAUUUUCACCAGUAUUUACUCAUUCAUUUUCUACCAGUGGAGCGGUCUUUGGGCUAACCUGGCCAUGUGCGUCACGCUGAUAGUGGGGACGGUGCUUUUGGCGUGCACGAGUUCGGACUUGAGGAGACAGGCUGCACACAAAACACUGUAAUACCACACCUGCCACGUCAGAGUGAAUGUAUUUUGAACAUCAUAAGUGCCACUAUUUAUAUUUGUACUAUUUAUAGGAAUGUUUGUAGUAGAAGAAUGAGUUUAUGCUUAUGAAUUAAACUGAAAUUUGCGAAUUCGUAAA